GUGCCUCCAGGAAGGCUCCCAGGGCUCCUGGAGACUGAGGCUGGGAGCAGGGAAGUUCGGAGAAGGCUUCCUGGGAGGGAACUUACCUGCUGAAAAGGACACAUUAAGAAGAAAGUGGGUUCCUGGUGGGGAACUGCAGAUGCAAAGGAGGAGGUUCACAAGCACCAGGGGGCCUGCCGGGAUCUAAGCGCAUGGACCCUGGCCUGCACAAAGGCGCCUCCCUGCCUGACCCUGCUGCGCACCUCCAGGACAUGGCGGCUGUGAGGCCAGGCCUGGGCCGAGUCCACCCUGGAUCGUCCAUCCUGUUCCUGUGUGACAUGCAAGAGAAGUUCCGCCAUGUUGCGUAUUUCCCACAGAUUGUGUCUGUGGCGGCCCGCAUGCUCAAGGUGGCCCGGCUGCUGGGGGUACCAGCUGUGCUGACAGAGCAGUACCCACAAGGCCUGGGCCCCACAGUGCCCGAGCUGGGAGCGGAAGGCCUACGACCACAGCCUAAGACCUGCUUCAGCAUGGUGCCUGCAGUGCGGCAGGAGCUGGACGCGCGGCCCCAGCUGCGCUCCGUGCUCCUCUGUGGCAUUGAGACACAGGCCUGCAUCUUGAACACAACCCUCGACCUCCUGGACCAGGGGCUACAGGUCCACGUGGUGGUGGAUGCCUGCUCCUCCCGCAGCCAGGUGGAUCGGCUGGUGGCUCUGACCCGGAUGCGACAGAGUGGCGCCUUCCUCUCCACCAGUGAAGGGCUCAUUCUGCAGCUUGUGGGUGACGCCACCCACCCCCAGUUCAAGGAGAUCCAGAAGAUCAUCAAGGAGCCCGCCCCGGACAGCGGGCUGCUGGGCCUCUUUCAAGGCCAGAACCCCCUCUUCCGCUGAACCCCCGGCCCCGCCUGAGGGAGACCACCGUCCUUCACCGGGGCCUCGGUGGAGGUCUCUCCCCCGUCCGCGGAUCCCAAGUGUGGUGCAGUCCACCGGGAGUGCCGCCCCUCGGGCGGGGAGGCGGGGUGCUGCCUUGCCAUUGGGCCGUAGCUCGCGGAAAUGCAAAUGAGGCUCCUGGAGCUGGGAGGGAGUUGGCUGAGCCGAACGAGAGGCGGGGCUCGGCUCCGGGCCGCCUCACGGGACGGGGCGGGGGGGAGUGUCACCGGCUGUGUGGGACCCGGGCCGCGGAAUAAACAUUGAUGUGGCUGUGG